GCGCUAGGAUUAUGCAAAUGAGCGAGCCUCCAGCCCGGGGAUCCACGCCGAGUAUUUAAGCCCCUUCUCUCCCCCCCCUACCCCGAGGCAUUCCCCUAUUUAUAAGGCGCGUUCGCUGUACUGCGCACGCACGCGCAAUUCUUGAAGCUUCUUCACCCUUCGGGCAGCGGACUGUACCAAGUCCGGCGGGGCCGUGAGCGGCAGACACCCCGCCGGCAUGAGCUGUGCAGCCUGCGAGAUUCUCUGAGUCCCUCUUCCCACCGAUCGCCAGGAAUGGUCCGUCUGAUCGCGCACGCGCCCUGAACGUCUCUCGCCCCUCGCUCGCUCGCCCGCUCCCUUGCUGGCUUGCCCAGCCUCCCUAAACGCAGGCGCAGUGCCCGGGCGUGCAGCGGCUCCCGCAGAGCCGGAGCCGGGGCGGCCGGCGUCGCAUCCCUCUACCUGCCAACAUCCUGUGUUAGAGGAGCUUGUGGCUGGAGGUGUGACCGUGGGAGAGCUGGCCGGGGAGGGACCCUGCCCAGUCGCUGCUCUGCUCCUGUCUCUUGUCCCCUCCCCCCCGCCAUGACAGAGACCCGUGAGCCCACUGAGACUGGAGGCUACGCCAGCUUGGAGGAAGAUGAUGAAGACCUUUCCCCAGGCCCGGAGCAUUCUUCUGACUCUGAAUACACUCUUUCAGAGCCCGACUCUGAGGAGGAAGAGGAGGAAGAGGAAGAGGAGACCACUGAUGACCCUGAAUAUGACCCUGGCUAUAAGGUGAAACAGCGCAUAGGUGGGGGCAGGGGUGGCCCGUCCCGCCGAGCCCCCCGAGCAACCCAGCCUGCUGGCCCACCUGCACAGCCUUGCCAGCUCUGUGGCCGAUCAGCACUGGGAGAGGCCCCACCGGGUACCCCGCCUUGCCGACUCUGCUGCCCUGCAACAGCAACCCAAGAAGCCCCAGCUCCUGAGAGCAGGGCUCUUGGGGAGGAAGAGGAGGAACCAUCUCGCACUGGGGAAAAUCAGCCAGCAGCGGGGGAUGGGGAUGAAGAUGAGGAGGAGGGGGGUACCUACCACUGUACGGAGUGUGAGGACUCCUUUGACAACCUUGGGGAGCUGCAUGGCCACUUCAUGCUGCAUGCCCGGGGUGAGGUUUAGGUGGGGCCACCAGAGAGCUAGUAGAGGGGUAGGUGGGAGCAGGGGCUGAGGAAGCUGGAUUGGGGGCUGGGGGCCUGCCCAUCUGUGUUGUCAUAGCAGUAGAUUUGUGAAGGGCCGAAUAAAAGCCAGAUUCUGUGUGCUGGCCCCGA